UAUUUCGGUCUAGUAGUUGGCAUCGCUGCCUCCGACUUCACUUCGUGGCGCACAGUUGGUGCUCCUUUAUUCCUUGGCUUCCGAGCGUGGACCCCCUUUUCCGGUUUAGGUUUAUGGGAGGAAAAUGUCGCGCCGGGCCGACAAGGAAAUCGUUAUAGAUGGGCGGGGCCACCUCCUCGGCCGCCUGGCCGCUGUUACGGCCAAGGCUCUCCUCCAGGGCCGCAAGGUGGUUGUUCUGCGUUGCGAGCAGCUAAACAUCUCAGGAAACUUCUUCAGGGCUAAGCUGAAGUACCUUUCAUUCUUGCGUAAACGCUGUAAUGUUAACCCUGCAAGAGGCCCUUUCCACCACCGUGCCCCCAGAGAAAUCUUCUGGAGGACAGUGAGAGGUAUGCUGCCUCACAAGACACCACGUGGUCAGGCAGCUUCUCACCGACUUAAGUGUUAUGAAGGUAUUCCUCCCCCAUACGACAAGAGGAAGCAUCUUGUUGUCCCUGGCGCUCUUAGAGUCAUGUGCUUGAAGCCUGGCAGGAAGUUCUGCCACGUAGGCCGCCUUUCACAUGAAGUGGGAUGGAAGUACAAGCACGUUGUUAGGGCUCUGGAGACUAAGCGUAAGAUCAAGGCUGUUCUGCACAUCCGCAAGAAGGACAAGUUGAGGAAACUUACUAAGGGUGCUUCAGAGCACAUCAGCAAGCUGGUUGCUAAGGACACAGCUGUGAUCGAGUCCUACGGAUAUCAUUAAAAAUCUGUAAAUUUAAA